UUUAUUUCCAGACGCGAAAGGACGAGCUGUGAUGUAUCGAGCGACGUUCGACUUCAGCAAUACAGUGGAAGGCACUCUUACGUUACACAAAAACGAGCGCUUUAUUUUACUAGACUCUUCAAACAAACAUUGGUGGAAGAUGAAAAGCACGAGAGACGGACGAAUCGGAUUGGCUCCCGCCAAUUACCUGGAACAAGAGACAGAAACGGAAGAUGAUAGUGACGUGUGUAUACUCAAAUAUGAUUUUCAAGGAUCAGGAGCUUUGCAGCUUUCAUGUCAGCAAGGAGACAAGGUGACCGUUGUGUCUAAAGACAGUAAUGAGUGGUGGACUGUAAGGUCAGCAGCUGGAAGAUUUGGUUUAGUCCCAGUUAAAUACAUGGAACUAAGUAAAGGAGACAGACCCACACCUAGUCUUGGGAAUGUCAGCAAUAGCAUAAAGAGUAAGAAGACAAAGAAAUCAGAAUCCAGAAAAGCAUCGUCUAAAUCAAGAUCUCAUAGCGCUUCACCUGAUGUUCAGACUGAUAAGGAGUCGUCAUCACAAACAGCAGAGACGUCAACUUGUAGCCAAACAGAAAAAUUGCAAUUAAUAGACAAUUUUAUUGGUGAUGUCCAUGCUGCUGCUACUUCUGCAGGCGGUGUAUAUAGUGCUGAUCAGAAAAGAUUUCUUAAAGCUUUAAUAUCUCAUCGUAAAGACGUUACACAAGGUUUAAAUGUUAGUGUUCCAUUACAAUCUCUAAUGGCUCAAUCAGUUAGAACAGAGACGACAAGAGUGGAUAUUGAUACGAAUACAGACUUGUUAGGUGCUUCCACACAGACAAAGAAAAAAGCUCCUCCGCCACCAGAAAGAUUAGCAUCACUUACAAGAGGAACACGAGCACCAACUAGCCAACCAACAGAAGAGGAUGCACGUGUUUGUGAUGGUCUUGUUGACUUAGUGAUUGCGGAGUCAGACGUGUCUUCUAGUCAUAGAGAUGGUGUUGAACUAUUUGAUGUAGUUGAUGCACAGACGUCACAAGAGGUGCCGAGUGCAGUUGGUGGGACAGGAUUGAUGUUGAGACACUCACCUGUUUCAACUGAUGUUUCUAGUGGGAGAGAGUUGAUAGACUCAAUGAGAGAAAAAACUGGACUGAGUUAUGGGCUGUCUGCCGUAGCUGUUGAAACUGUACUUAUCUAUCUUAAAAACAAACUACCUGAUGCAGAGACGGUCAUCGAUCCCAUUUUGAAUUCGCUUGAGAAAAUUCAGGAGUCAGGCACCAGUUUGUCUGAAGGGGCAGACGAAGGCAGUCGUCGUGAUCGUGAUCGACUCGAUGUCAUCUUAUCUGAACUAAAGAGUUGCAAAGACGACUCACAACAACGUAGCUGGGCUCUCUUUGACGACUAUGCAGUGAUCAUGGAGUAUCUAGAAGAGUUGAUAUCAAUUCUGGGCGAUGCAGAUCCAGUUGUGUGUCGUUCGAGGGUGAUGCAAGAUCACUAUGAUGCUGUUCAUGGCCUUAUUACGUAUUAUCAAAUGGAAAUGCGUUCUCCUAUUCGACUGUUGCUUCUGAAAGUAUUUGGUGCUCUGUGUGGUCUUGACCAUGCCAUCGUAUCUGUUCUUCUCUCGUCUGUUUUGCCACUUGAGCUUGCAAGAGACAUUAAGAACAACACAAGUGACAACCAGAAGACACUUUAUUCGUCUCUAGUGUGUACGAUGAUCUUUUCCACGGGUGAGCAGACGCCAUUGGAGAUUUACGGUCAGUGGAAUGAUGAGUUUAUUGACUUUCUCUUGGAGAUCAUCGAAAACCCGCCUGACGUUGAUGGCGAUGAUCAAAUCGCUGACUCAUUCACUCAUCUAGUUCUCGCAUUCAACGUUCACUUCAAAGAUCCAUCUGAUAAUAGUGUGAUGCGUGUUCUAUCACGUCGUGGGACUGCAAAGACAUUCAGUGAGAAGCUGCUGAUGUUGGUCAACAGGGAAGAGGAUCCAGUUGCGAUGUUUAUGCCUCUUAGUCCGAGUUCGGGACUUAAAAUGCUUCACGACAUUUUCUUCAGUCACACAACAUCGGACCUCUUCUUCACCACUGACCUCAUGGUACUCAUCGACAUCGUCAUACGUCAGCUAUCCGACCUUCAAGCCGGAGACCAAAAUCGCUCUCACUACCUUCACUUACUACACGGCAUCAUUGCAGAGUCAAACUACAGCGAACACAAGCACAGACUGUCCGACAUCUCCGACUGUUUCCAGACGAUCGUUGAGGACGAGACAAGCGAAGGUGAAGCCGACAAACAAGCCGUGCUGCAACUGUGGAAAGACUUUCCACUUCUCUUCGAUUUCAGUACGUCACUGUAG